AGAGAGAAAGAGGGAGGAUGACAGCUCGUCUCACAACCACAGACAUUUUCAGAAGCAGCUACACGGUCUGAGCAGCACUUCUGACGUCAGGAAUAACCAGAGCAGCCUACUCUGUCAUCCGGGUCUUCUCCUCUUCUCCUGUGCUUUUUAAUAUUUUCUUCAGCUUUAAGCUUCAUCGACAACAGCCCCCGUGCCCCCGUGUAAAGCGGAGCAGCGCUCGUCAUUUGUUGCACGACUCCGUCUCAGCUGCUGCAGAUUUUGAACUUUCCUGCUGAUAUCGGAGGAUGUCCGCGGCGCAGCUCAACAAGUCUCCUUCUUUCUUCACGCACUGACUGUGGAUGGCUGCGGAAUGGAGAUAGCCUUGGUGAGCUUUGAGAACGGAGGCGCCAAAGGGAGUGGUGGCGGCGGCGGCGGCGGCGGCAAUGCCGAGGAGAGCUGCCGGAACGCGCUGGACGUCCCUCAGCCGGGCUUCGUUCAAAGCGGACUGGGCGAGGACUACAGCAAGGAGCUGAACACCCGGGGGAGUCCUCAGCAGCAUCAGCACCACGGCUCCUGGAAAAUCAACGACAUGAACAACACUUUCAGCUGCAGCGAGAACGCCAUGGAUGCGCUUUUACGCGCGGACCACAGUCCUCAUCUGUUCGACGAGGACAUGAUGGACAUGGACAUGGACACAGAGAGCAACGAGAGGGUGCUCAUCAACAUAGCCGGGCUCAGGUACGAGACCCAGCUCGGCACCCUGAACCAGUUCCCUGACACUUUGCUCGGAGACCCAGCCAAGAGGAUAAAGUACUUCGACCCGCUCCGGAACGAGUACUUUUUCGACCGCAACAGACCGAGUUUUGAUGGGAUUUUGUAUUUUUAUCAGUCCGGGGGGAAGAUCCGGAGACCCGUUAAUGUGUCAAUUGAUGUGUUCGCGGAUGAGAUUAGGUUUUAUCAGCUGGGGGAGGAGGCCAUGGAGAGGUUCCGCGAGGAUGAGGGCUUUAUAAAGGAGGAGGAGAAGCCGCUGCCUCAGAACGAGUUCCAGAAGCAGGUCUGGCUCAUAUUUGAGUAUCCCGAGAGCUCCAGUCCGGCCCGGGGCAUCGCCAUCGUGUCCGUGAUCGUCAUCACCAUAUCCAUCAUCACCUUCUGCCUGGAGACUCUGCCGGAGUUCAGAGACGAGCGGGAGCUGCCGGUCACCAGCCGGAUAGACAACAGCACCGUGCCCCGGCCGUCCCUCACCUUCACAGACCCCUUCUUCAUCAUCGAGACCACAUGCGUCAUUUGGUUCACGUUCGAGCUGCUCGUGCGCUUCUUCGCGUGCCCCAGCAAGUCCGAGUUCUCCAAGACCAUCAUGAACAUCAUCGACAUCAUGUCCAUCAUGCCUUACUUCAUCACCGUGGGCACGGAGCUGGCGGAGCAGCAGGGCCAGGAGCACCAGAACGGGCAGCAGGCCAUGUCCCUGGCCAUCCUGAGGGUCAUCCGUCUGGUCCGGGUGUUCCGGAUCUUUAAGCUCUCCAGACACUCCAAGGGGCUGCAGAUCCUGGGGCAGACCCUGAAAGCCAGCAUGCGCGAGCUCGGCCUCCUCAUCUUCUUCCUCUUCAUCGGGGUCAUCCUCUUCUCCAGCGCCGUCUACUUCGCAGAGGCGGACGAGCCGGAGUCUCACUUCUCCAGCAUCCCCGACGCCUUCUGGUGGGCCGUGGUCACCAUGACAACCGUUGGCUACGGCGACAUGAGGCCGGUGACGGUCGGGGGGAAGAUUGUCGGGUCUCUGUGCGCCAUCGCCGGCGUCCUGACCAUCGCGCUGCCGGUGCCCGUCAUCGUGUCAAACUUCAACUACUUCUAUCACAGGGAGACGGACCAGGACCAGUCCUCCCUGAAGGACGAGCCGAACAGCGGCAGGGCGAGUCCCGAACUCAAGCGCAAAGGCAGUAAGUCGUCCGCGAAGUCGCAGGAUGUGGAGAACAACGACCCGAGCGCUGCGGUGGAGAAGGCGAACAUCAAGGCGAACAGCAGCAUGGACUUCAAGAGAUCCCUUUACGCGUUUUGCUUGGACACACGGGAGACGGACCUGUAGUCCCGCACUUGUCACUUUUAAGCCAUUUACAUCAGAGCAGGAGGAUCGGCGCUUUACAAUCCUGAGAUGUUUUCAAAAAAGAACCGUUUGCCCCCGAACAGCCUGAUGGUGAGUCAGGCCCUUUAACAACAGCAGCCUCUUCGGACUGUGUUUGGGGAUUAAUUACUUGACACCAGAGGAUUAGCACAAGGACAGACUCUGUACAUAAACUAGGAAACACUCAGUGCUUCGAAAAGAAAAAGCCAAAUUUUAUUUUUCGUACCUUUCCUUGUUUACGCUGAGAAGCUGCAGCAGACACCGCUUUUUGUGGGUCGGAUAUGAUGCCGCUGCAGGUUUGGAUACAGUACAACUUUAUUUUUGAGGCAGACGCAUGUUUUUCUCCACUCAGGUUCUGUCCAGGAGUUUUUCUAAAUACUCAUCCUUUAACUUUUAGAGGACGGAGGAAGAUGCUGAACAGCGACAGCCUUGUUCCUGAUCAUUCCAACAGAAAAAACAUUUUUAAGGGACAUAAAUGGGAGCAAGCAGAGUGAGAAGACGACACAGGAGAGGAGACUGGAGCAAAGAGGCAACACUGACCCAGGCCCCGCAGCUCGAUUAGCCACGGUGACCAGACGCACGUGACUGAACAUGGCCGUCGGAAGACAGCGCUUCCUGUGAGGGGCUGAAGUGAUUAGCGUGAGCUCCUUUCUCCUGAUCCACGGGCUGGGGAAGCGCUGGGAGCAGGAGGGAGCCCAGGACGUUACAUAACACACAGAUAUAUAUAUAUAAAACACGCACGGCUGACAGCAGAGAGAGGGCAAAGGCCCGGCCCGGCUCCCGAACCCUGAGCCCGGUGGGUCCUCCGUUUUUACGGAGCUUCUGAUGUCACCACUUUUAAACAUUCCCACUUUCUGCUCGGAUCCGUUCUUUGGACCUUGGAGCCCAGAGGACGCUGGGCGUGCUCCUGAUCAUACCCGGUUCUUCAGCUGUUCCUGUUUACAUUUUAUAUCUGUAAUGAAAUACACAGGAAGUGAAAACAUGAUAAACAACGAGCCUCAGGCGAGCACGAGCCUUGUGUUCAGGUGUUUCUCUGGAGGCCGCGGCCGCUCUGAUCAAACACAGCUGAGUCACCGUCACUUCUGCAAACGCUGAAGCUCCACGGAGGCUGUGACAGCUCACACCGGGACGUCACUGCCUCCCACGUCUGCAGGCGCCGGCUAAGCCCGUUGCAUAAGAAGCCAUCUUCAUGGUUCCUGCUCCCCUGAGGCUGAACAGGGUCGUCUCUCUCAGCUGUUGGGGGUUCCUUUGUUUUCCAUGUUUUCCUCUCAUACAAACAGCAGUAAUUAGAAGAUUUUACAGUGUGGAGGCAGAGGCACCGGCAUCAUCAUCAUCUGGAGCCUAGACACCACAGCAGCCCCAGAACGCUGGAGCUAGCUGCCUCCUCACGUGGGUUGUUCUGGACCCGGGCUGAACCGGGUCACUGGCUGAGUAAAUAGGAAAGGACUGGCCCGUCGCUGUGUGACAACUACGGGCUGUGAGCCGAGCUGCUCAGCUGGCCUCGAGGUCUGUGACAUGGAAAUGUGAAACUCAGAUGAGCUUAUGUAACCUAAUUGUUGAGCCUGGGAGAAAAGUGGUUCUGUUCAGCGCGAGCCCUGAUAAUCACAGAUAUGCGACGCGCUUAGCAGACGUGGGUCCACCUCCGAAACCUGAUGGAAUAUUGACCAGCUGUCAUCAAACGUAGACUCUUAAGUUUGGUUUAUUUACCAGUAGAUGUGCUGCUUAACAGUUUGUCAAGCGCUUCCUAUUUGGGGGCGGAGCCUCCCUGAAGCCCGGCUCUGAUUGGCCCCGAGACAAUUAGGCUGAUUAGCACAGAUGAGCAAAGGAAGGAGCGCAGCUCCACGUCUUGUUGUUUGUUCUAGUGAGUCAGCUGCUAUUCGUUUAUUUGUAAUGAUCAUUUGUCCUUUAAUACUGACGAUGACCCGACUUUGAAGGAGACAACGUUUAGUGUAAAAUCAGCACAUUAACUGUCACAUCAGUGUCUGAUGUGUUUCAGCAGUUUGGUAAAAAUGGGAAAACAAGCACAGCGUUACCUAACAGACGACUGACUGCAGCGCUUCCACAUGAGCGGCUGAGCCAUCGCUUCUGCUUCAGCGGCUCAGUGCAGCUCUGCAGCGGGCGAGGGAACCCACGCUGGGCGAUGGGUGGCACCCCAGGGUGCCGCUCCUCCAGCUCAUCGCCCACAUGACCUGUCAGUGACUUCCCUAAAUCUACACGAGAGCUCAGUGAAAACACUCAAAUGAUUUGAUAUGUGGAAGCUAACUCAAUACAGGGGAGUAGUGUUGUAUUAGUGACACAGUUUCAGGUUGAGCCCGUGUGAACGGAUGGACACUCAUGGGCCCCUGCCCCUAUUUUUAGAAGCUUAAAGAGGGAAAAUCCUGUUUGAUUAUGUACAGACGAGGUGGCUCAGCUGCGUCACGUAACGCGGUUUGUGUAAGAAUUUGUCAGCAGCACGUUUGACUUCAUGUGCCUCAUCAGUCACACAUGAACACACACAUUUAAUUAAUAAUAUUCACGAUGUGGAGCCCAGAUAUAAAUAGACAGUGAGUGUGUGUGUGGUAGGAGCGGCCAAUCACAGCAGGGCGUCGGUGGUCAAGCGAGCGUGAAGCGCCGAUGAAACCAUCGCCUACGUUUCUACUGUCUCCA